UCCUUUACACUCCUGCGCAGCUUCUUCCCGGUUCUCUGCUCCGUCUGCCCGCCUGGCUUCUGGUCGACAUGUCGGAGUACAACGCGGUUCCUCCGCCCGGCUCGGGGCCUCCUCUCGGCGGACAGGCAGCUCUCGGUAACGGAGCCGGAGGCAUCAAGAAGGAUGCCUUCGCGGACGCGGUGCAGCGGGCCCGGCAGAUUGCAGCAAAGAUUGGAGGUGAUGCCGGUCCUCCCGUUAACAACAACGCUGCGUCAGAUGGCUUUUCUUUCACUGCACAGAAGCGGCAGCUGGAGGAUGCAGAUGAACCAGAGAGCAAGAAGCUGGCAGCGCAGAGUGACAUGGACUCAGCCAAAGCGCUGUCUAUCGGUGCACAGUUAGCUGCUCUCGCACAGCAAAGACCUUCCUCCGCCACAGAGGAGUACAGCGUUCCCGACAGCAUGGUGGGCCUCAUUAUCGGCCGUGGAGGCGAACAGAUCAACAAAAUCCAGCAGGAGUCGGGUUGCAAGGUUCAGAUAGCUCCAGAUAGCGGAGGCCUUCCAGAGAGGAGCGUCUCUCUCACAGGCUCCCACGAUUCCAUACAGAACGCCAAGAGGCUGCUGGAUGAGAUAGUGUCACGAGGAAGGGGCACGCCCCCUUCUUCUUAUCACGAGUCCACCAACGGGCAAAACGGCACGGUCCAUGAGAUGAUGAUCCCAGCUGGCAAGGCCGGCCUCGUCAUCGGCAAGGGAGGAGAGACCAUCAAGCAGCUCCAGGAGCGUGCAGGCGUGAAGAUGAUUCUGAUCCAGGACGCCUCUCAGGGACCCAACGUUGACAAGCCUCUGCGCAUCAUCGGAGAGCCGUACAAAGUCCAGCAAGCCCAGGAAAUGGUGCAGGAGAUUCUGAGGGAGAGAGACCACAGCGGCUUCAGUGAAAGGAAUGAGUUCGGCUCUCGAAUGGGAGGAGGCAUGGAUAUCCCAGUUCCACGACACUCGGUCGGUGUGGUCAUUGGACGCAACGGAGAGAUGAUCAAGAAGAUCCAGAACGAUGCCGGAGUCAGGAUACAGUUCAAACAAGACGACGGCACCGGUCCUGACAAGGUCGCCCACAUCAGUGGUCCGCCUGACCGCUGCGAGCACGCCGCCCAGAUCAUCAACGACCUGCUGCAGAGCAUCCGGGUCCGAGAGGAGGGCCAGGGGGGUCCCCCAGGUCCUCCAGGGAUGCCUGCAGGCAACAGGGGCAGAGGUGGGGGACAAGGUGGCUGGGGUCCCCCUGGAGGGGAAAUGACCUUCUCUAUUCCUGCCCACAAGUGUGGGCUUGUGAUCGGCCGCGGAGGAGAGAACGUCAAGUCCAUCAACCAGCAGACGGGAGCCUUUGUGGAAAUCUCUCGACAGCCACCCCCCAACGGAGACCCCAACUUCAAACUGUUCAUCAUUCGGGGGUCGCCACAGCAGAUCGACCAUGCCAAGCAGCUCAUCGAAGAGAAGAUCGAGGGUCCUCUGUGUCCUGUGGGCCCGGGGCCAGGUGGACCUGGUCCUGCUGGUCCGAUGGGUCCCUACAAUCCCAACCCAUACAACCCCGGACCACCUGGGGCUCCUGGACCCCCACAGGGGGGUCCUCCAGGUCCUCACCAGUACACCCCUCAGGGCUGGAGCAACACCUACCAGCAGUGGCAGCCCCAGCCACCCCACGACCCCAGCAAGGCAGCAGCCAAUGAUCCCAACGCAGCCUGGGCGGCCUACUACGCUCAGUACUACCAGCAGCCGUCAGGGGCUGUGCCCGCCCAGUACCCCGCAAACCCAGCCGGAGGCGGCCAAGCGUCCGGAGACCAGACCCAGCCUGCACAGACCCCAGGGGGCCAGCCAGACUACACCAAGGCCUGGGAGGAGUACUACAAGAAGAUGGCCCAGGCAGGCGGCUCUGUACCUGGGACAGCAGCUGCAGCUCCAGGAGCAGCUGGAGGAGCGGCGUCCUCGACAGGAGGCCAGCCGGACUACAGCGCCGCCUGGGCAGAGUACUACCGGCAGCAGGCGGCCUACUACGGCCAGACUGGACCGGCGCCCGGCCAGCCAGCCGCUCCACAGCAGGGACAGACGCAGUGAGAGUUCACGGCAGGACGUCUGCAGGCUGCUGGAGAAGACGACCGUGAACUCUAGGCCAGGAUCUAGCCAUUUAAGUUCUAUUU